UCUCCACCACCAAAAUCCUCCUCUCUCUCUCUCUCUUUUACUCUGUUUUCAUCAUCUCUUUCUCUCGUCUCUCUCAAACCCUAAAUACACUCUUUCUCUUCUUGUUGUCUCCAUUCUCUCUGUGUCAUCAAGCUUCUUUUUUGUGUGGGUUAUUUGAAAGACACUUUCUCUGCUGGUAUCAUUGGAGUCUAGGGUUUUGUUAUUGACAUGCGUGGUGUGUCAGAAUUGGAGGUGGGGAAGAGUAAUCUUCCGGCGGAGAGUGAGCUGGAAUUGGGAUUAGGGCUCAGCCUCGGUGGUGGCGCGUGGAAAGAGCGUGGGAGGAUUCUUACUGCUAAGGAUUUUCCUUCCGUUGGGUCUAAACGCUCUGCUGAAUCUUCCUCUCACCAAGGAGCUUCUCCUCCUCGUUCAAGUCAAGUGGUAGGAUGGCCACCAAUUGGGUUACACAGGAUGAACAGUUUGGUUAAUAACCAAGCUAUGAAGGCAGCAAGAGCGGAAGAAGGAGACGGGGAGAAGAAAGUUGUGAAGAAUGAUGAGCUCAAAGAUGUGUCAAUGAAGGUGAAUCCGAAAGUUCAGGGCUUAGGGUUUGUUAAGGUGAAUAUGGAUGGAGUUGGUAUAGGCAGAAAAGUGGAUAUGAGAGCUCAUUCGUCUUACGAAAACUUGGCUCAGACGCUUGAGGAAAUGUUCUUUGGAAUGACAGGUCUGUACUGUUUUCAAAUGCGUACACUAUAAACCCGAUGUUUUCUAUGAAUCUACUGAUAGUUUCUGUUUUAUCUAUCAGGUACUACUUGUCGAGAAAAGGUUAAACCUUUAAGGCUUUUAGAUGGAUCAUCAGACUUUGUACUCACUUAUGAAGAUAAGGAAGGGGAUUGGAUGCUUGUUGGAGAUGUUCCAUGGAGGUAAGAUUCGGAUAUUAAGCAGUAUUGCAGUAGUUCAAAACCUGAUUAGUCUCUUUUCUCUCUUUUUGUUUAGAAUGUUUAUCAACUCGGUGAAAAGGCUUCGGAUCAUGGGAACCUCAGAAGCUAGUGGACUAGCUCCAAGACGUCAAGAGCAGAAGGAUAGACAAAGAAACAACCCUGUUUAGCUUCCCUUCCAAAGCUGGCAUUGUUUAUGUAUUGUUUGAGGUUUGCAAUUUACUCGAUACUUUUUGAAGAAAGUAUUUUGGAGAAUAUGGAUAAAAGCAUGCAGAAGCUUAGAUAUGAUUUGAAUCCGGUUUUCGGAUAUGGUUUUGCUUAGGUCAUUCAAUUCGUAGUUUUCCAGUUUGUUUCUUCUUUGGCUGUGUACCAAUUAUCUAUGUUCUGUGAGAGAAAGCUCUUGUUUAUUUGUUCUCUCAGAUUGUAAAUAGUUGAAGUUAUCUAAUUAAUGUGAUAAGAGUUAUGUUUAUGAUUCCAAAG